AACAUAAGUAUAAUUAAGAAUAUCAAUAAUCAGUCUGACCAUUUCAAUAAUCAAAGUAGCAGAAGAAAAUCCAAUAUAUACCAUAGUUUCCUCUUAUCUGUGGUUUCACUUUCCACAGUUUCAGUUACCCACAUUGAACUGUGGUGUGGAAGCAGAUAUUUCUCCUUCUGACAUAUCAGAUCAAUAGCAGCUGAAUGCUACAGUCUGUGUAUCACAAGAGCUCCAUCAUUCACCUCAUUUCAUCUCAUCAUGUAGUCAUUUUAUCAUCUCACAUCAUCUCAAGGAGAAAAAGGUCUGCCUUGUAAGUAGAAGAAAUGUCAGUGCCUACAUUAUUUUAUAUGGACAGUGCCUCACCAAGUGCAACCACCUUGUCCUACCUAAGUCUCUAAAAUUCCCAUCAUCAAAGCUAUCCAUGUUGACAGUAUCAUCUCUAGAAAGCCACAGUUUGAAAUCCAUAUCCAUUUUUGAAAGGAGAAGAAAGGAAGAGACUUCACUCCACAUAAGGAAUUCACACACAAAUCCUCUCUCUGUAACCUCACCUACUCCAUGUGAGAUGACUGAUAUGAUUGAAAGACUACUUGGGAAAGCCUAUUUAUUUGGAGGUCAACUGUAAGAAAGUGUGCCAACAGAAGUAAGCCACAUUCCCUAUCAGCUUGGCCCUGAAAAUGAAAGAGCGACUGACUGCCUAGAACACAUCAAGUGACCGUGUGACCAGAGACACCCAUGAUCCCAUGAUGAGCUGGAUUCUGUCAGACUCACCAAGCUACGGACUGAGGCACUUAGGUUGUUUCCAUACUUUGGAUAUUGUGAAUAUGCUGCAAUGAACAUGGAUGGAAAUUAAUGACAGUUUCUCCGAGCUGCCUGAUGUCAGAGCCGGGAAAGGUGUGAAGAGUAUAUAAGAGCUGGAUUACUCAUUGGCAAGUGUGGGGGCAAAUACUCCAGUGGAUGCAAGCUUGGGAUUGUUUAUAAAGCUUUCUUACCAUUAGAGGCAUUCUCUGAUAUUGCUGACGCUGAAACACUAAAAGAAAAUUUGAGAAGCAAUGUGCCUCCUGAAACUUCCAGUAGUUCUCAUUGUGCUCUUGGUUGCACUACACCAUCUGAAAGCUACCCCCAUUGAAAGUAACCAAGUGGAAAAGCGGAAAUGCAACACUGCCACAUGUGCGACCCAACGCCUGGCAAAUUUCUUAAUUCGUUCCAGCAACAAUCUUGGUGCCAUUCUUUCUCCUACCAAUGUGGGAUCCAAUACAUAUGGAAAGAGGAGCACAGUUGAUAUUUUAAACAGGGAACCAUUGAAUUACUUACCCUUUUAGAGGUCAAUGUACCUCUAGAAUUCUUUUUGUUUCAUGUACAAAUAUUCUAGUGAUUUCCUGUGUAAUUUAACAUUAGCAUGAACCUGCAUCUGUAUGUCCCAUGUUUGUUGCCAGUACAUAUAAAUUGUUUUGAAAAGAAUUGUUUUAAAUUUAACACUAAUUAAGGUCCCGUAAUAAAAAGUCAGUAUCUUUAAAAGUGAACUGUUCUUGUUAUAGAUUUUUAUUUUAAAAACAUUAAAAAGUCACUCUUUAGCUUGUAUUGCUAUGGCUUGAGUUUGAAAACAAAGGAGAAAAUGGUAUUUGGAAACUUGGUAAAUUGUAAACAGCUAAGAGUAAAGUUAAGAACAUUAAAAAACCAGUAAUCAUAA